AAAUAAAUCUAGAAAAUAUAAAUUUUAUCAUCGUGUCUGUUCUAUAGAUGUGACGUGGUUUAUGGUAUCUAAAGGCGUGCACUAAUUUUGACAUAAAUUGCCGAAAUAUGAAAUAGUAAGUGGACUGUUAAAAUGUUUGGUAAAAUAUCAUUGUUAUAUAUAAUACGAUAAAAGAAAUAUGAUUUAAUUACUGUAACAUUUUCUGCAAUUAUAUUAAUUUUGUAAGAAGCAUAUAUUUACAAUGACAACACCUAUGUGUGAAGAUGGUGGAACUUUACGAGAAUGGGCACCUCUUGCUCUGCUUCUUCAACAAAUACCUGCUAAAAUUCAAACUGGACUUUUUACACAUAAUAUUAACUUUACUUGUAUUGAUGCAGUGCCUGAAUUUAUAGCUAUUGGAACUAAUUAUGGAUUAGUAUAUUGGUUUGAUAGAGAAAAGCAAGAUUUACAAAGACUUCGAUGUGAGAAUGUUAAUUCAAAAAUUACAUGUAUCCAAGUAAUAUCAACUGUAGAUUAUAUGGUUGCUGCUGGUAAUGAACAUGGAGUGGUAACUGUAUUUCAAAUACCUAAAAAUCCUCCAGAUUCAUUACCAGAUAGUUUGAAACCAAAACAAAAGAAACAGGUAGAAAGAUAUAGCAUAAGUGGUUUACAUAAUAGUGCUGUAACAACAGUUGAAUGGUCUAAGAAUGGAAUGAAAUUAUUUAGUGGAGAUCAAGAUGGUUUAGUUGUACUUACUGAAAUUGAUUUUUAUAUGCAUUUAUCAAAAUCAUCAGAAUUGUUAAAUGAAAAAUAUACAGUAGUACAAUUAAGUUAUCAACAAGGUUUAUUACUAGUUUCUACAACAUUACGUACAAUAUUGGUAAAUAGAAAUGAGAAUGGAAAGGUAACACAAGUUGGUCAGAAAGAACGUAAAACAUUGGGUAAAUUAGGUGCUGUAUUUGGUUGUAAACAAAAUUAUGUACAAGAUUUAAUAAUAUAUGCAAGUAGACCUGGAUUACGUCUAUGGCAAGCUGAUAAAACUGGAACUGUCCUAAAAACACUUAUUUUUAAGGAUGCUGUUCGAUCUGGACAUACAGAAGUAGAACUUUUAAAUCCAGCACCAGAAAGUUGUAAAAAAAAUCGUGGUGAACCUACAUUCGGUGUUAUUUUACCUUUUUGUGAUGAUUUAUUAGUUACAUAUAGUGAUGAUAUUAUAUAUGUAGUAAAUCCACAAACUAUUGCUAUAACAUCUAUUGUCACAGACUUACGUCGUGUUACUGAUGUUGCUUGUACUAAAGAUGAAAUAUUUAUAUUGGAAGGAGAAAGAAACAUAAUACGUAUUGCAUAUUAUCCUGAAACUAAUAUAUUUUCAUCAGAAGUAAAAGAUACAUUAGAUUCAUUAUCAUCAUUUGCUGAAAUUAGUAAACCAGUCACAAAUGGUAUAUUAGAAUUGACCUCAAAAUUAAUGGAAAGCACAAUAGUGCCUGCAAUUCCUUUUCACAAAAUUAAUCCAACUAAUAUCAUUCAAUCUGUGGGAAUUGUACCAAUGGUUACUGUUGGUACUGAUAUAACUUCAGUUACAAAUGCAGAAGAAGCUAUUGAAAUACCAGCAAUAUCGAUUAAUUUAAAUUCUUCAUUAAUAACAGACAGUAAUAGAAUAACAGAAUAUAAUGAUGUUUCUAAAAGAAAAAGCGAACAAAAUGAAAAACAUAAUGAUAGAAGGCAAAUAUUCCAAAAAAUUAGUCAACAAGAAUUUGAAGAUGUUGUAUUUACUCCAGAAAGAAAAAUUAAAAAAUCACGUAAUAGAUUAAUAAAUGGAAAUGGAAAUUGUUCAUCUUUAUCUGAUAUUGAUUGUGAUUUGUCUACUUUCAAAGACAAAGUAAAUGCUAACGAUGCAAAGACAACACAUUCUUCUUUAUUAACACUUAAUGUUGAUGAUGAGUUCAUAUUAAAAACUGAAAGAAAUCUUGAAUCAAUUCAACGUGAUGUAGAAAAUAAAGAAAAACUUUUAGCUGAUGUUUUAGAUUUUGAUUUAUCAAAGUAUAUGAGCAGCAGUCAAAUUACUACUACUAAUUCUAAUAUAUCUCAAUCAAUUGAUACAAUUACAUAUAUAGAUUGUAAAAUACAUUCCAAUAAUUCUAUCACAGAAGAAAAAAAUGUGCAAAAUGAAUAUAAUGAGCAUAGUGAUCAUACAGAAACUGAAUCUGGAGAUGAAGAUGUCAGUUAUCGUACUGAAUUAAAAAAGUUAGAAGAUUUAGGUGAAUGUAGAAAAAAACUUCUACAAGAUAAAUUAAAUGAACCUUUACAACAAAAUAAUUAUGUUGAUGGAAGAAAAAUGUUACAUUCAACAGUUGUAUCAAAUGAGUUUAUAAUAUCAACUACACUUGAGGAAGAAGAUUGGGUUUUAGUUAAAAGUGAUGUACCUCCAGUUGCAAUGUAGAAUUCAAUUGAAAAGAAACUAAUUUAUUAUAGAUAUUACUUUAAUUUUUAUGCAUAAUUUUUUGUUUUAUGCAGAUGUACUUUCGAUUUACUUUUUCACAUCUAACUUGUUUUAUAAUUAGAAUAAAAAUAAUCAUAUCUGUGCAUUUUUAUAUACAAAAUUUAAACUUUAAAUAGAUAAUAUAUUUUCUAGUCUUAUUUUAGAGUAAUUUAUUUUGUUUUAAUUUUAAGCAAAAAAUUAGAAAAUAUUCAAAUGAAUAUUAAAUGUACAUUUGAGUGAUACAUACAUAUUUUAUUGGGUAUUGUUAUUUAUUUUAUGAAAAUUUUUUAAAAAUAUUAUAAAUGAAUUUGUAACAAAAAAAUCAAUUUUUUAAAUAAUUUAUUAUUAUUGUUUUGUGUAUGUGCGCGUUUGUAUAUAUUAUUAUACAUUGAAAAAUAAUAUGUGAAUAUAUUUUUAUGUGCAAUAAUUAAUGUCAUUUACAACAUUCCAUUUUAAAAAUUUUUAAAAAGGCAAUAAAAU